AUGAAGACUACCUCUGUGCUCGCAGCCGCCGCGCUGGUCGGCGCUGCUACCGCCAAGGUCCACAAGCUCAAGCUGGACAAGGUGCCUCUGUCUGAGCAAUUUGAUAAACGCAGCAUGAACGACCACAUGCGAUCUCUGGGUCAGAAGUACAUGGGUGCUGUCCCUGAGGGAAUGUACCAGGACACCUCCAUCCAACCCGAGGGCGGCCACGAUGUGCUGGUCGAUAACUUUCUGAACGCUCAGUACUUCUCAGAAAUCACCAUCGGUACCCCCCCUCAGAACUUCAAGGUUGUCCUUGAUACCGGCAGCUCGAACUUCAAGUACGACUCGUCCUCUUCCUCCACCUACAAGAAGAACGGCAGCGACUUUGCCAUCCAGUACGGCUCAGGUAGUCUCGAGGGCUUCGUUUCUCGCGACACUGUGACAAUCGGCGAUCUUUCCAUCAAGGAUCAAGACUUUGCCGAGGCCACAAACGAGCCUGGCUUGGCUUUCGCCUUUGGCCGCUUUGACGGUAUCUUGGGUCUUGGUUUCGACACCAUUUCUGUCAACAAGAUUGUCCCUCCCUUCUAUAACUUGCUGAACCAGAAGACUCUCGACGAGCCUGUCUUUGCCUUUUAUCUCGGCGACAGCAACAAGGAAGGUGACGACUCCGAAGCCACCUUUGGUGGUAUUGACAAGAGCCACUACACUGGAGAAUUGGUCAAAAUUCCACUUCGUCGUAAGGCCUAUUGGGAGGUGGACUUUGACGCCAUUGCUUUUGGCGAUAAUGUUGCUGAGCUUGAGAACACUGGAGUCAUCCUUGACACUGGCACUUCGCUCAUUGCUCUUCCUUCCACCCUUGCCGAGCUCUUGAACAAGGAAAUCGGUGCUUCCAAGUCAUGGAACGGCCAAUACACUGUCGACUGCGCUAAGCGUGACUCUCUCCCCGACCUCACUGUCACCUUGAGCGGAUACAACUUCUCCAUCACCGCCUUUGACUACGUUCUAGAAGUCCAGGGAUCUUGCAUCAGCGCCUUUAUGGGCAUGGACUUCCCUGAGCCUGUUGGCCCUCUCGCUAUUCUUGGAGACGCUUUCCUUCGCAAGUGGUACAGCGUCUACGACUUGGGCAACGGUGCCGUCGGUCUCGCCAAGGCCAAGUAA